UAAAAGGUUCUGUCCAGUAAUACUGUGGCAAGAAUGAAUCAUUGCGGUCAACUCUUUGAUGAGCUUAACAAGAAGCGGACGAGAUAAAGUAACAGAAGCAACAGGCUCCCCUGCGCUGAAUAGAAUAUUUUUGAAGCUUUGUUUCUGCCUUCCCUAUAUCUACAGGUAUCUGAAAUUGGGAAAAUGUUUAUCAAAUAUCUGAGCUUCUGCUGUUCGAAGCAUACAAGUUCAUCUCAGCGACAGUAUCCAACUGUGAUAGAAGAGCUAUGUCAUCAAUUUCUGUUGGCUGAUCUUAGGAAAUCAACCAACAACUUCGAUGAAAACCAAAUAGUUGGAAGUGGAGUCCUUAGUAUUGUGUAUAAAGGUUCUCUCCAACUCAAUGGUGUUACUGAGUGUACAGUUGCAAUGAAGCGAAUAUGUGGGAACACCGAGGAAACACUUAAGCAGUUCAAGAACGAAAUUGAGUUGCUCUGCCAGCUUCGUCAUCCAAACUUGAUGACUCUAUUAGGAUUUUGUGACCACAAAGACGAGAAGAUUGUGGUAUAUGAGUACAUGCCCAAUGGAUCUCUCCAUGAUCGCCUAUACUGUAGUGAUGUGAAAAAGGAACCACUAACAUGGAAGCAUAGGCUAAAGAUAUGCAUAGGAGCAGCACAUGGACUACACUACCUUCACACAGGUGCCAAGCGAACCAUCUUUCAUCGUGACAUAACACCUUAUAAAAUUCUUUUGGAUAGAAACAUGGUGGCCAAACUCUCAGACUUCCGGCUUUCCUUAAAAGGACCGCAUUAUGCAUCAAAGCCAAAACCCAAGACGAUAUCAAAAGACGGCUUUAUAGGUACAUGUGGUUAUGUAGCUCCUGAGAUUUCAGAAAACAAGACAUUAACAGAAAAAUGCGAUGUUUACUCCUUUGGUGUAGUGCUACUAGAAGUAGUAUGCAAAGACAAGCUUAAAAAUGUUGACAAGAGGCAGAAGCACCCUGUUGAGGAGAAUAUUGAUCCGAAUAUCAAAGGCAAGAUUGCACCAGAGUGUUGGGAAGUAUUUAUUGAUAUCACAGAAAGAUGCUUGAAGUUUGAUCCAGAUGAGCGGCCGGCAAUGGGUAAAGUGGAGGUGCAACUUGAGCUUGCUCUGUCAUUGCAGGAAGAAGCAGGUAUGAGAAAUUCUUGUGAUGAUUAUACCCUAUUAUCCAUGACCAUUAUUAAUUAGUCCUACUCCUCAACCAGAGUGCAGCCAAUCCUGCAACAUCUUAGGCCUUCAUUAGUCAUUGCAAAGAAACCAAGGGAGAGAAAAAUAUAAUGAAUGGUUCCUAUUUAGCUAUAGAAGAAAUUUUGAUGGAGAAGCAGGAGAGGAUCCUUACUGGUU